GUUCGCUCGCUGCAGAGAUCCUGCUGCCUCGGCUUCCCACGAUUAAUCGUGAGGAUGGUGUUGACAGCGGGAGGCGACGGACGGCUAGUUUUACAUGAUUAAAUCGAUGACAGGGCCAGGUGAGAUCGCUUUCACACGGGACGAGCACAAAUCCGUCGCUGCGGAGAGGGACGACACUGCCAGGCCGAGGACAGCGCUUGUGUUACUGAUGGAAUCCCCGGUCCUUACUAGACGGAGAAACCGAAAGGGUGGACUCGUUAUAAAUAAUUAAAGAACAUAAAAAAUAUACCCUUCUGCUGCUAAAAUAGAAGAAAAAUGCAUCUGCACCAGGUGCUGACGGGAGCUGUGAACCCCGGAGAUUGCUGCUACUCGGUGGGAAGCGUGAAUGACAUUCCUUUCACGGCCUAUGGCUCUGGCUGUGAUGUUGUGAUCUUGGCCAGUGAUUUUGAGUGUGUGCAGAUUAUCCCUGGAGCUCAGAAUGGAAACAUACAGGUGGGCUGUGUGGAGUGCUCCCACCAGCUUGGCAGGAUUGCUGCAUCCUAUGGAAACACAGUCUGCAUCUUUGAACCCCUUUCCAUCAACCCUAACAAACGGCACAAGCAGCUUAACUAUCAGUGGCAAAAGACAGGACAGUUCUUCCUCGAUGCCAUCACGUACAACCUGGCCUGGGACCCGCAAGGGAACCGUAUCCUAGCAGCAACUGAGCGGCUCCAGCUGUGGGCUCCCCCGCUGGCAGAUGCCCUGAUCGAGGAGGAGGAUGGGCUGAUGAUCGAGGACAAGCCCCACCCUUUCCUCAACGACUGGAACUGUGUCUGGCAGUGCAAAACUGCUGCGUCUAUUCACAUUGCAAAGUGGUCUCCUGAUGGGGAGUAUUUUGCAACAGUUGGGAAGGAUGACUGUUUGCUUAAGGUGUGGUAUCCUACCACGGGCUGGCGAUCUGCCGUGGUGGUACAGGACCCGUCCGACAAAAAGCCUCCGUCUGUUCACUUCUCCUUUGUUUACCUGGCUCAUCCUCGUUCUGUCACUGGUAUGUCAUGGAGGAAGACCAGCAAGUACAUGCCCAAGGGUUCUGUGUGCAAUGUGAUGCUGACGUCCUGCGAGGAUGGCGUGUGUAGGUUGUGGUCGGAGACCCUGCUACCAGAGGACAGCCUGCUCGGUGCACAGAUCUCGGAGAACACACACUCGUUUAGCUCCAGCCUGCCAGGCUUGGCUGGUAAUAAGGACAAGAUCCAGCAUGCGUUGGAGUCAAUUCACCACCUGAAGCAUUUGCGCCGGGGCCGGCGACGGUCCUCUGCUCUGGUGGCACACAAUGAGCUGCUGCUGCCCUCUCAGCUGGGCACGCAGGACACACACACUCACCGCCACAUCGCCCACCAUGCCAAUGCGCUGUGUCACUUCCAUAUCUCUGCCAGUAUUAACCCCAACACAGAUAUCCCCACAGUACUGGCUGACUCUGCAGUGUUCAAUCCAGAUGAUGGCACUGGUGGUGGAGGCUUCGUGGUCCACUGGCUCAACAAUAAGGACCUGAGCUUCACAACUUCUAUGGACCUCUUUAUGCUGCAACUCCGAAAGUUCUCCGAACAACAGCUGGACCAGACUGCGGAGGACCCCCUGGACUCUGAGGGAUCCCCUAUGAAGUUUGACUUUGACCUGGAUGACAUAUCGGAGAAAGCUUCCUCAGAACACGGUGAAGAGGGCGAGCCGGGGGAGCAGGGAAGCACCAAGGCAUCCUCUCCGGGAUCUAGCUCCAGCAUGCCCUUGCCAUCCAUGUUGUUGGAGAGGAAGCUGGAGAAUCUGACCUUAGAGUGGAACAAGAGCCCUGACAUGUUGUUCACCAUCCACCCAACAGACGGCUCUUUCCUGGUUUGGCAUGUGAAGUACUUAGAUGAAUUCAACCAGGGAAUCUUCAGACAGGUCCAGGUGUCCUUCUCCUCGCGGAUCCCAGUGGCAUUUCCCACAGGCGAUGCCAACUCACUGAGUAAAAACAUUCUCAUGUACGCCUGCACUUUGACUGAGGGUGAGAGUGCUGCGUCUGGGGAGCAAGGGAGGAUGGUCCAACAUGUGGCCCAUUCUGCCUCAGCAUCCGCUAGCCUGGGUUCACCCGCACUGGCUGCUGCUCUCAACCCACGGCCUGGUAUCAGUCCUGCUGUUAUGAUGGUUUCCAAGCACGUUGAUGGAUCUCUCAACCAGUGGGCGGUGACGUUUGCGGAGCGAUCUGCCUUCUCGAACGUAUUGACCGUAUCGCACAAGUUCCGGUACUGUGGCCACCGCUUCCAUCUAAAUGACCAAGCCUGCCACACGGUGCUGCCACUGCUGCUGACGUCCUCUCAUCACAAUGCGCUGCUCACACCUCCUUCAGCUCCUGGCAGUCUGGAGGGAGAGCAGCCUCCUACCUUUCCUCUACCAAGGGGACUUCGCAGUAGCAGGAAGCAGCUUCGUAACGCAGCUACGAGGACCUUCCACGACCCCAACGCCAUCUACAGUGAGCUGAUCUUGUGGAGGGUGGAUCAUAUCGGACCUCUGUCCUGCACUGGAGGGGUCUCCGAAUUGGCCCGCAUCAACUCUCUCCACACCUCUGCUUUCAGCAACGCUGCAUGGCUGCCGACACUGAUACCCAGCUCUGUACUCGGAACAUACUGUAACAGUGCCAGUGCCUGCUUCGUUGCAUCAGACGGCAAAAACCUGCGUCUCUAUCAAGCAGUGGUGGAUGCAAGAAAACUGCUGGAUGAGCUGUCAGAUCCUGAAACUUCUAAACUGGUGGGCGAAGUGUUCAACAUUGUUAGCCAGCAGUCCACCGCCAGACCUGGAUGUAUCAUAGAGUUGGAUGUCAUCACAAACCAGUGUGGCGCCAAUACCCAGCUGCUGCAUGUCUUCCAAGAGGACUUCAUACUAGGUUACAAGCCUCAGAAGGAACCAGAUGCAUACACACCAGCUUUUCCUUGUGGUGAAGAUUAUCAACCCGCGCCCUUCUCUGAGAAGUUCUUCUUGGUGGUGAUAGAAAAGGAUCUCAACAGAAACUCUGUCCUGCAGAUGUGGCAUCUACAUCUCCAGUCUGUGCAGGCCUGUGUUGAUGAACCAAGCCCGGAUUACAGCUUCCAGAGUCAGCUAAUGGUUCCCAAUCAAGUCACGAAUCCUGACUCAUCUCCUGAAACCUCUCCUGUCAGACCUCUGCCACGAUCGGCCUCUUCAGCCAACUUGCAAUCAGCCAGCAAACUCAUCCUCAGCUCCAAGCUGGUGUACAGCAAGCGACUGGACCUGCCCCAUGGGGUGGAGGUUACCAGAGCUACCCCGUCUGCAGGUCAUCUUAGUUCCUCAUCUAUCUACCCCGUGUGCCUGGCUCCGUACCUGAUUGUCACCACCUGCUCUGAUUCUCGCGUGCGUUUCUGGCGCUGUGCUGUGGAGGGCGAUGACGGCUAUAGUGAGGAUGAACACGACAACCGGGCGUACCGAUGGGAGCCUUGGGCUCUGAUGAAUGAGGAAGAGGACAACAACAGUGCUGUGUGUGUGUCCGGGCGGCCCGUAGCUGUGUCCUGCUCCUACACUGGCAGACUGGCGGUGGCCUUUAAGCAGCAACAACAAGGACAGCUGCAGGGUUCUGUAAAGGACUUCUCAAUGCAUGUGUCCAUUUACGAGUGCGAGUCUACCGGUGGCUCCGAGUGGGUUUUAGAGCAAACGCUCCACCUGGACGACUAUGCCAGACCUACAUCCACUCUAGAUCCGAGAGUCAGCGUGGACUCCAACCUUUUCGUCUACAGCAGGACUGACCUGUACAUGACUAGAGACCAUAGCUCCCCCAACAUAAAGCACUAUGUGCAUCUGGACUGGCUGUCAAAGGAGGACGGAUCUCACAUCCUCACUGUGGGGGUUGGAUCCAACAUUCUCAUGUAUGGCCGUAUCUCUGGCGUGGUCAAUGAGCAGACUAGCAGCAAAGAGGGGGUGGCUGUCAUCACCCUUCCUCUAGGGGGCAGUAUCAAACAGGGUAUCCGCUCCCGAUGGAUCCUGCUCCGAUCUGUGGACCUCUUGUCUUCAGUGGAUGGUACACCGUCUCUGCCAGUCUCUCUGUCCUGGGUAAGGGACGGCAUCCUGGUGGUGGGUAUGGACUGUGAAAUGCACGUUUAUGCCCAGUGGCAUCAGGACAAGAAGCCCGGGGAGGGAGAUGAGGGCAACCUGUCAUCUGCAGAUAUUGCUGGAGGUCAAAGCACAGGUUUCCCCUCAGUCUUUGAAGGGAGAGCCAGGUCAAAGAGUGUGUUUGAAGGGAGUGCUGCAGUGGAUGAGGCCCUUCGUGCCCCAGCAGGACUUCAGGAAGGGGGACUGUUUGAAGCAGCACACUCCCUCUCGCCCACCCUACCGCAGUAUCAUCCCACCCAGCUUUUAGAACUCAUGGACCUAGGCAAGGUUCGCCGUGCAAAGGCCAUCCUUGCUCACCUGGUGAAGUGUAUUGCUGGGGAAGUUGCCGUAGUAAGGGAUGUGGAGGCAGGUGAGGGUGGAUCCAGGAGACAUCUGUCCCGCACCAUCAGCGUGACCGGCAGCACGGCAAAAGACACCAUUGUGGCUGGCCGCGAUGGAGGCAGGGACUACACUGAGAUUAAUUCCAUCCCUCCCUUGCCGCUCUACGCGCUCAUGUUGGCAGAUGUCGACACUUCAUACAAGGGAGCAGAAGAAGCUGUGAAGGGAUCCACGGUUGCUGAUGGUGAGAGGGCACAGAAAUCCGCAGAGGACCAGUAUGCUGAUCUUUUCCAGUUACCAGCAGUUACCACAGACGACUUUGUCAACUUUGCCACGGACAAACCAGAGAAGAGGUCUCGAGUUAUUAACCUCUCUCAAUAUGGACCUACUUACUUUGGACCAGAACAUGCCCAGGUAUUGUCCAGUCACCUCAUGCACUCUAGCUUACCAGGGCUGACCAGACUGGAGCAGAUGUUCUUGGUGGCCUUGGCUGAUACCGUUGCAACCACCAGCGCUGAGGUCACGAGCUCCGCCGAUCAACAAUACACAGGUGGUGAGGCUCUGGAUGAGUGUGGGCUGAGGUACCUCCUGGCUAUGCGUCUUCACACUUGCCUGCUCACCUCUCUGCCCCCUCUCUACCGCAUGCAGUUGCUCCACCAGGGCCUGUCAACAUGCCACUUUGCGUGGGCCUUCCACUCAGAGGCAGAAGAGGAACUGCUGCACAUGAUUCCAGCCAUGCAGAGAGGCGACCCACAAUGGUCCGAGCUCAGAGCUGUUGGAGUGGGUUGGUGGGUCCGCAACAUCAACACUCUGCGGAAAUUGGUGGAGAAGUUAGGUAAAGCUGCCUUCCAGAGACACAAUGACCCUUUAGAUGCUGCUCUGUUCUACUUGGCCAUGAAGAAGAAAGCUGUGCUGUGGGGGCUCUUCAGGUCUCAGCACGAUGAUAAGAUGACUCAGUUCUUCAAGAACAACUUCACUGAAGACCGCUGGCGGAAGGCAGCUCUGAAAAAUGCCUUCUCACUGCUGGGAAAGCAGCGCUUUGAACAGUCCGCUGCGUUUUUUCUUCUGGCGGGAUCACUCAAAGACGCCAUCGAGGUGCUGUUGGAGAAGAUGGAGGAUCUCCAGUUGGCUAUGAUAGUAGCAAGGUUGUACGAGGCCGACUUUGAGAGUUCGUCCACAUGCCAAGGCCUCCUUUACGAGAAGAUGCUGGGCUGCAACCGGGACGGAAGCGGUUACCACUGCUCCAGACUUCACCCUGACCCAUUCCUGCGCAGCAUAUCCUACUGGAUUAUGAAGGAUUACACCCGAGCGUUGGACACACUGUUGGAGCGAAUCCCCAAAGAGGAUGAUGAGCAUCCUGAUGACAUGGUGAAAUCUUGCAACCCUGUGGUGUUUAGUUUCUAUAACUACCUGAGGACACACCCUUUGAUCGUCCGUCGCCACUUCGCGAACCUAGAGGGCACAACUACAAGCGUGGGCCUCACGGCUGAGAGGAACAGCGCAGACGAGAUCAACCUCAUUGAGCGCAAACUGUUCUUCACAACUGCCAAUGCACACUUCAAGGUGGGCUGUCCAGUUCUGGCUCUGGAAGUGCUAUCCAAGAUUCCCAAAGUCACCAAGAAGUCUGGCUCCUCGCCUCUCAGCAAAGCUUCUUCCAAGGCCAAUGUAAACUCAACCCAGCCCCUGGAGAAUGGCACCCAGGGAGGUGUUGACUGGGGCUCACCUGCAGCCCCUGCCCCUGCCCCUGCCCCUGCCUGGGGAGGAGGUGAUAGUGUGGGUGGGUUGGACUGGAGCCAGCCUUUGGUCAAGGUGGAGGAGGAUGACCUGAAUCUGGACUGGGGAGAUGAUAAGGAAUAUGAUGAUGAAGAUGACGAAGAUGAUGGUCUGAACAUGAAGAAACCAGAGUUUGAGACCAAAGCAGAUGCAGGUCCAGAGAGUGCUGGGUCUAAACUACAGAAAGCAGACUCACAGGGUGAGUCAGAGGUGGAUGUGAUAGCCGAGCAGCUAAAGUUCCGUGCCUGUCUGAAAAUCCUGAUGACAGAGCUGCGUACACUGGCCACAGGCUUUGAGGUGGAUGGAGGGAAGCUCCGCUUUCAGCUCUACAAUUGGCUGGAGAAGGAAAUAGCUGCCAUGCAUAAGAUCUGCAACUACAAGGUUGAAGGAAAGGAGGAGGACUCGGAGAUGGAGCGGUGGGGAGAGCAUACAGCAUCAGUAGACAUAUCAGAUGAGGCCCUGGAGCAGUUAGAGGCCGGGGCCUACGAGCGUCACCAAAUGGAGAGACGUCGCCUCCAGGCGAAGCAGCAGCACUCCGAGAGGCGAAAGGCGUGGCUGAGGAAGAACCAGGCCCUGCUCAGGGUGUUUCUGUCCUACUGUAGCCUUCAUGGAGCCAAGGGAGGAGGAGUCACCUCAGUUCGCAUGGAGCUUCUCUUCCUUCUGCAGGAGAGCCAGCAGGAGACCACGGUGAAACAGCUGCAGUCUCCUCUGCCUCUGCCCACUACACUGCCUCUGCUGUCAGCUUGCAUCGCCGCCACCAAGACGGUCAUAGCGAACCCCGUUCUCCACCUCGGCAACCACAUCCACGACAUCCUCCACUCCACCAUUCUCAUGGAGGCACCACCGCAUCCCGACAUCAUCGAUGAGCGGGUGAAUGCUCUACACACACUAGCCGCUUCUCUGUCCGCCUGCAUCUAUCAGGCACUGUGUGACAGCCACAGCUACAGUAGCCAGACAGAGGCCAACCAGUUUACAGGGAUGGUGUACCAAGGUCUGUUACUCAGUGAGAGGAAACGACUCCGCACCGAAAGUAUUGAAGAACACAUAACUCCCAACUCGGCUCCUGCACAAUGGCCAGGUGUGUCGUCCCUGAUUUCUCUGUUGACGUCUGCCAGGGAGGAAGACCAACCAAGGCUCAACGUCCUGCUGUGUGAAGCGGUCGUGGCUGUUUAUCUCGCGCUGCUCAUUCACGGCCUGGGCACGCACAGCAGCAAUGAACUCUUCCGUCUGGCCGCACAUCCUCUCAACAACCGCAUGUGGGCCGCUGUCUUUGGAGGAGGGGCCAAAGUCAUUAUUAAGCCGAAGAGGCUUGAGACCCCACCAGUGCCAGCUGACUUUGAGGCAGCCAGGCCAGAGGAGUCUCACGACGAGACAGGAAGACCUGAGCAGUGCAGCCUCACCCCAAACCCCACUCCCAUCCCUACUGAAACCCAGCGCCCCAAACGACCUCCUCCUCCUCCCAUUUCAAGGGGAGAGGGGUCGGGCACUGUGGCACCAGCACCUAAGGCCAGCUCAACUGCUGGGCCUAUUCAGGAUUGUUCAGAAGCGAAGGCUGAGCAACCCUCUCAAGCUAAAUGUGAAUCUGACACUAAACCAGUAGCUUCCCCUCAGCCUCCAGCAGAGGACGUGGACAGAUACAGGCGCAGGUUCAACAUGAGGAUGCUCGUCCCUGGACGCCCCGUAAAGGAGACGCCGGCCAACCCUCCUCCUGUGCCCACGGAGAGACCCACCUACAGGGAGAAGUUUAUUCCUCCGGAGCUGAGCAUGUGGGACUACUUUGUGGCCAAACCCUUCCUGCCGCUGUCCGACAGCAAUGUGCUGUAUGACUCGGAUGAAAGCGAAAACGAAGAUGACGAAGACGACGACGACGCCUUCCUUUCUGACACGCAGAUAACGGAGCACUCUGAUCCCAACUCCUACAGCUGGGCUCUGAUCCGCCUGGUCAUGGUGAAACUGGCUCAUCACAAUGUCAAGAACUUCCUGCCUCUGACUGGCCUUGACUUCACAGACCUGCCAGUAUCGUCCCCUCUCUGCAACGCCGUGUUAAAGACUUUGGAGAACUGGGAGCAGCUUCUUCUGGAGCGAAUGAACAAAUUUGACGGCCCGCCUCCCAACUACAUUAACACUUACCCUACUGACCUCAGCGCAGGAGGUGGCCCUGCCAUUCUACGGCACAAGGCCAUGCUGGAGCCAGACAACACACCCUUUAAGACAAAGAACCACCAGUCCUUCCCAGCCCGGCGUCUUUGGCACUUCCUGGUCAAACAGGAAGUUCUACAAGAGACGUUGAUUCGGUACAUCUUUACUAAGAAAAGGAAGCAGAGUGAGUCUGUAGAGAUCCAUAUGGACCGUAAAAGCCCAAAUGGUGUAGCAGGAGCUAGCCAUCCCCAUAAGGUGGAGGCAGAUCUUGGGUAUCCUGGAGGCAAAGCUAAAAUCAUUCACAAGGAGUCUGAUAUCAUCAUGGCUUUUGCCAUCAAUAAGGCCAACUCUAACGAGAUAGUGCUGGCCUCCACUCAUGAUGUCCAGGAGGUGGACGUGUCCACUCUGGUGGCUGUCCAGCCGUACACCUGGAUAGGAGAGGAAUUUGACAAAGAGUCCCGCAGCUCUGACGACGCAGACCAUCGCUCGUCUCACACCAACAUCGCGCAGACGAGCUCUGCCCCCUUUGCGCCGCCACAGAUGCCGGUCUCUGCGUCCAUGCCGUGGCUUGGCAGCGGGCAGACCAGCAUGGGGGCCAGCGUGAUUAUGAAAAGGAAUCUAAACAACGUGAAGAGAAUGACAUCCCAUCCCAUAUAUCAGUAUUACUUGACGGGGGCUCAGGACGGCAGUGUGAGAAUGUUUGAGUGGAACAGACCUCAGCAGCUGAUUUGCUUCAGACAAGCAGGCAAUGCCAGAGUCACCCGCCUCUAUUUCAACUCCCAGGGCAAUAAGUGUGGAGUUGCUGAUGGAGAGGGCUUCCUCAGUCUCUGGCAGGUCAACCAGACGUCCUCCAACCCCAAACCCUAUCUGAGUUGGCAGUGCCACACAAAGACCUGCGGUGACUUCGCCUUUAUCACAUCCUCCAGCCUCAUCGCCACAGCUGGCCAGUCCAAUGAUAACAGAAAUGUUUGCCUGUGGGAUACUCUGAUUUCACCAAGCAAUACCAUGGUCCAUGCAUUCCCCUGCCAUGAGAACGGGGCCACUGUGCUGCAGUACGCUCCCAAGCAGCAGCUGUUAAUCACCGGAGGCAGAAAGGGAUUCGUGUGCGUGUUUGACAUCCGUCAGCGGCAGCUGCUCCACACUUUCCAGGCCCAUGACUCAGCCAUCAAGGCCCUCGCACUGGAUGCCUUCGAGGACUUCUUUGUCACUGGGUCUGCUGAGGGAAACAUGAAGGUGUGGAAACUCGCUGGCCACGGCCUCAUGCACUCUUUUAGCAACGAGCAUGCCAAGCAGUCCAUCUUCCGCAACAUCGGCGCCGGUGUGAUGCAGGUGGAGACACGGCCCGGCAACCGCAUCUUCACCUGCGGCGCGGACGGCACCCUGAAGAUGCGGGUCCUGCCCGACCGCUACAACAUCCCCAGCAGCCUGGUUGACGCCCUGUAGCGGCUACUUUCACCAUCAAGGGUCCAAAAAGGAAAGGGACAAAAAAAAGAUGACACAUAAAAAGCUUAUGUAACACUCACUAGGCAUUAAUAGUAUAAAGGGACAAGUCGGUGAAAAGAGCACCAUGCUUUUGGCAUCUUUGAGCGUGCAGUGUUCACGGGUUCACAAAAAAGCCCUCCCCCUCGAAUGAGAAACGGAGCUGCAGAUUUUUUUUUUUUCUCCCCAAAGGCUGAAAGCGAAGUAACAAGCAGAAGUUAUCAUACUUGAUUUUAAAAAAAGCUAGAUUUAUUGUCAUUUUAUUAAAGAAUCCUCUACUCUUAGAGUGUGUCCAUAGGGAAGCUAUGCAUGUCCUGUUCUCGUUACGCGGUGCAAUCACAGGUCUAUUGAUAGUGCUCUGUAAAAGUGCUCAAGCAAAACUUUAAAACGAAGAAAAAAAGCAAAAAAAAAAAAAAAGGUGUGUAACUGUUGUCAUUUUGUGCCCACAGCUGAACUCUCUUAGCAUCUACUGUAACCAGCACUGUGGUUUGUAAUUAAGUCAGUGGUUUCCGGUGUGAAUCGAGUUGUUGGAAUCUGCAUUUUUGUUUCAAUGGUUUUGGCCCCACCCCCCUUCAGCCCUGACCGAAGAGUUGACGGUGAGCCCCUCCCCCCACACAUACACACACACCACACCCCACCCUCUCUACGUCACUGGCUGCCCCAUCACUCACUCUGGCCUCUCCUGUUGUCGGCUCCACCCGGCCCGAGUUGGUCAUGGUGUGUGUGUGUGUUUGUGUGUGUGUGUCAGUCACCUGCCCUCAAAUGCCUGUUUGUGUGGCAGACGUCACUGCUAGAACAUUCCUGUUGUGAGGAAGACGAUGUGUUUUAACUCCUGUGACUGUGAUUUCAAUGUUUUCAUCCGUCUGGUCCAAACACCUUAAACACCCAGAGCAGAAACACAAAGGUUUACUUCUCGUUUUGCACAAGAUUCGUUUUUUUUGUUUUUUUUCGUCUUAAUUUUCUUAUUUAAAUUAUUUAUGUGUUUGCGUCCGUUUGCUCCCCCCCUUCCUUUGUAAGACUAUUUAACUUAUUGCCUUUUUAUUUUAGGAAUGUAAGGGGUUUUACUGUAUCUGACUGGGAGACGUGCAACACAGUCUACUGUACGUAAGGUGCGUGUGUGUGCGUGUGUUUACCUCGCUAGUUGUUUUAAACUGUUUCGUCCACAAGGAAUAGAUAUUUGCACUCACACUCUGGAGACACUAACAAAAAAAAGGUUUAUUUCACAUAAAUAAGGUUAUCGAAGAAGGAACUGUUAUAUACAAAUGAAUGUCUGCCUUUAUUUGGCCUAGUAGUAAAAACGCUUGAAAUAGUUUUAAUAUAUAAAUUAUAAAUAUAUAUAUAUAAAUGACCUAAUAUAAAUACACAUAAGUACCAUGACGGCUUGUACAAACAUAAAAAGCAUUUCUUUAUUUUUUGGUUUCAUAUCAUACCAGCUGGAUUAGUUGUACCUUUUGUUAAGUGUAUGUAUGGUAUUUAUUAAAAGAGAUUUGUGUUUCUCUCCCUCCUUCCCAACUACGUGUACUGUAUGUAUCCUUUGUGUUUUGCCAGUGGUCCUACUGAUGUCUGACGUGUGUGUGCGUGUGUGCAUGUAAUGAUGCAAAAGAAGCCAGUAUCACGGGAAGACACUUACUGGGGCACUUGAGCCUGGAGGUGUGUGACAGAACAGGUCAUGGUCAGAGUUUUACCUUUGUAAAGUGAAUAAAUUCUUUUUAUUUCAUCAGGAA